AUGGAUAAGUUAUUUCACUUUUAAGCAGGAAGUAACAAUAUUAAAAUAAAAGGAUAACCAGGGUUGCAAUAUUACUCUGAUGCUGAAGUUGAGUAAAAGCCUUAUGCUAAUAAAGAGGUUAUAGUUAAAAAAGAGAAUCCUGAAGGAGGCGUCUUUAAGCUUGAUUUUGGAUACGCUACAGACGAAAACUCAGAUAACGAAAAUUUUUCUUUAAAAGCUACUUCCAAAAUGAAUAAUGGCAAAUUGUCAAAGUUUAAGAAUUUGUCUACUCAAAAGCAUGAUGGAGAUAAUGAUCUCAAUCAAGAUGAAGAUUUAAACAAUGAGUUAUCGACCCAAUUAACAGAGCCAUCCAAAUUAAAAAUAAAAAAAUCCAAUUCAAUUUUAGAGAAUGCUAGAAAAGAAGUUGCAUCUGUAUUAUAAAAGAAUCAUUUAGUAAAAUAGCAUGAUCUAAAGUCUCAUAUAUAGAUGCAAGAACGAUUGAUAGACUCAGACGCUGAGGCAAAAAAUGUAGCAGCAAAAAAUGAAAUAAUUGACAGUUUAAAGAACCACCGUUACAGACACCUUAUCUUCUCAAACUACAUAGCAGAGUCAAGUUUUAAAAAGCAUUUAACUCUAGUUUAUAGAGGACUCGUUUACUCUACCAGAUGUCUUAAAGGACCAUCAGAAAAAUACAUAGAAUCAAAAAAAGUGAAUAUGAAAAGGCCAUAAUACUCAAAAGGAAAAACUCUUUUAUUGGAUUUAGACGAAACCUUAAUCCAUACUUGCUCACUCAAAGAGAAUCCAGACCAGAUAUUGAAAUUCAAAAACGAAAUAGGUGAAACCUAAAAUAUAGGACUCAGGAUUAGACCUUUCUGCUAUGAAUUCCUUUAAAAAAUGACCUAAUUCUGGGACAUAUUUAUUUUCACAGCAAGCAGUUCCACUUAUGCAGAAGCAAUCAUAAACUUUAUAGACCCUACAAGAAAAUACAUCAGUGGAAUACUAAAUAGAUCAAACUGUAUGGAAACUAAAAACGGAUUUUUUAUUAAGGAUUUAAGGAUAGUUUCAGGAUCUGAUUUGAGGUAUACUAUUCUUGUAGAUAACUUGUCACACAGCUUCGGAUUUUAAAUAGAUAAUGGUGUACCCAUUCUUGAAUGGCAUAACGAUAAAAAAGACACUGAAUUAAAAUAUUUAAUGAACUAUUUGAUUCAAGCAGCACAGAGUAAUGAUGUAAGAGAAUUCAAUAGAAAGAAUUUAAAGCUUAGUGAACUAGUAUGUCUUUAGCCAGAAGAGUUAGGAAUAUGA